AUGUCUGAGCUGGAAAAUUUGAAAGAUCAAAUAAAAAGAAUAGAUGAAAUGAUUGUUCAAGAGACUAAUGAAGAAACUAGGGUGGAAUAUGAACAAACUAAAAUGGAUUUAGAGGAACUCGUUUCUUUGAUGGAAGAAGAUGAAGAAAAAACUCAAAAAUCUCCAGAUGAUGAUGAAAUAGAUGAACAAGAUGAAGAUUCAGCUGAAAUUGACGAUACAUCGACAGAUUCUCUUCUCGGCUCUCGGUGCAUGGUUCCAUAUGAUUCGGAUCGAUCUCUUUCACUUCAUACAGCCAUCAUAAUGGAAAUUGAAUCGUCAAAGCGUGUUCGUGUACUGUUUUCUCAUCCAACAUGUUCUGCAAUGAAACCAUGCACACAUUUUCUCUCAUCUUCAUGUAAAUUCAAUGAAAACUGCCGAUUUAGUCAUGGAUAUUCUGUGGAGCUUGAAAGAAUUCAAGAUUACCAAGUGCCGGACUAUUCAUUUAUUGUGGAAGAAGGAUUAGUACUUGUGAAAGGAAUGUCUGAUAUUUGGGAGUUGGGUAGAAUUAGUGCAAUCGAUACACAGAAUGUUGCCGUUAAGGUUUUGAAAAGUGGAAUUGAGAUUUCAUCGAAACGGAAAGAUUUGGUACCAAUAGGGGAAGUUGAAGAGCCGACUAAACAAGAACAAAGCUCAGAAUCAUGGAAAGAAUUAAAACAAGAAACACUUGGAAAUGUUACUGUUGGAGAUUUGGGGAAAUGGAAUGGAGGAGGUGUUGGUAUGAAGUUAAUGAUGAAAAUGGGUUAUAAAGUUGGAGAAGGACUUGGGAAACGAAGUGAUGGAAUUGUACACGCAAUUCAAGCAAGAAUUUGUAAGAAAAAUGCUUCUCUUGAUGAAGUGAUGACACGAAAACGAAAAUUUAUUGAUAGAAAAGAAGUUCAAAAAAACAAAAACAUCAAGAAGCUGAAGACUACUGAUGAGUCCGAAAUGGAUAUUUUUGCUUUCAUCAACAGAAAAUUGGAGAAGAAAAACGAAAGAACGUUUGCUGAUGUACGUAAAGAGACUCAGGAAAUGGCUGGAUAUUCAUCAAAAACGCUUGGCGCAAAAAAUCUGGAUCUUGAAUUAGAACUAAAGCAAUUGAAAGAAAAACAGAACAAAUUAAAAAGUGGAAUUCAACGGAAUCGUGGUGAUAAGAAUACAGUUUCCAAAAUGAGUGAAUCUCUACGGGAAGUCGAUGCAAAGAUAGAGAGUAUCAAUCGAAAGUUGAAUAGAAUUCAAAGCGAAGUAAGCUCGAGGAAUUCCAAAAGAAAAAAUGAAUUUUAAAUGUUUGUUUAAUAUGUACUGUAAUAUACAACUGAAGUUUUUUUUUGUAAUUUUCGAAAGUUUAAAAAUAAUAAUAAAUAAUUUAUUU